GAAAGUUUGAAGUUGUCGAGCGCAUAUUAUUGUUAAAAUAUACAUAUAAUUCACUGUUUGGAAUCACAAUUCAACAUGUACUUAAGAAGUUGCAUGGUAUUACUGUGUUUGGGGCAUUUCAAUAAUGUUCCAACUAUGAUGUUAAUAAAUGCAGCUGACAAUUCAGAGUCGACGGGAUUCGUGGGCGAAAGUAGCAAAAGUGGAAGCAACUACCCGGACGACGAAGAACUGCAUGUCGGGACAAGCACAUCAGACGAAGUGGGAUAUUUUAAUCCGGUCGAACCAGUUUGGCAGUUCGACACGUGCAGACAAUUCAACUUGGAACUCUACAGGUAUUUCCAAUUUAACCAAGUGGUGAAAGUUCUCAACACUCCGUCACGGUGGGUCGAAGUCACAGCAGACGUCAAUUGUCUUUACAGAGCAUUGUCUCUUUGGAUGACCGGCACGGAAGAAUACCAUCCUACCUUACGACAACUUAUAUUACAUAAAGUAAAGAAUGAUAAACGUAUUAAGUUUAUGCUAGGACAGAAAAACUAUGAUGCGCACUUGGAAUGGACAGAGAAACACUUUUGGGCAACAGAAGUGGAAAUUGCCGCGGCCACUCUUCUUCUGAAUACAUCUAUAUAUUUGUAUUCACACCGAAAAGGGAGUUGGGGAUUGUUUAACCAGAACCAAACUUCCAAAGAUUCACCGACUCAAGCGGACAAGUGCAUUUAUCUUCAGCACACUACGGGAAUACAUUAUAAUUUAGUGACGGAUGUGCUGUCCGAUCAAGGCUCAGCCAUGCAAAACGCGUUGCCAAUCGAAAGACGUCAACCGGAAUUCUUUUAUCCUGUCGACGAAGAGUGGCAAUACGACAAGUGUUUAAAAUGGCUUCUUUCACUGGCAAAGCCUUUCCGGUUUAUCCAAUAUCCAGUAUAUCUCAAUGCUCCGACCAAAAUUGUCGAAAUGGCAAGAGACAGAAACAGUUUUUUCAGAGCACUUUCUUAUUGUCUGGCCGGCACAGAGAUCCACCAUCGAAUGAUCCGAAAUCGUGUAGCUAAAGAAAUUUUUACGAAUAUUGCUAUUAAAAAAUUAUACAAAGAAAAUGAGUUUAUAAGCUGUAGUGUAGAAAAUAAUUGGGCAACUAAAAUAGAAAUAAUUGCCUCGGCUGUUGUUUUGAAUACAUCUAUAUUUGUAUAUUCACCCCACACGCAGAAGUGGGAUUUAUACAACAAGAACGUUAUAGACAAUGCUCCAGUGGACACAUCAAUAGAGAAGUGCAUUUACCUAAGGCAAUUGAAUCCCAAUCUUUAUGAUGUAGUUCAAGACGUAGUAGGCAGUUUUAAACCUUAAAAAUACUUAUGGAUAGAUAGUAUACCAAACAUAAUUAUUGUUCAAUAGCAUUAAAUAAAAAAUAAAAUGAACUGGAUGUUUUUGUUGAUAUUUACUCGUGUUUAUCAUUGUUAAAAUAAGGUAAAAUAACCAUAAUGUUAAAAUUAAUAAUAAUAAAUUAAAAUAACUAAUUAUUGUUCCCAUAGCUUUAGCCUAUAAAUUAAGUAUAGUUUUACAGUACUAAAACUGUAGGUUUGACUUUAC